AGACUCAGUAUCUCGCCACCCUGUGAUGGGCUUCAGUGUGGGAAAUCACGGGAAGGUGCAUCACACUAAACGCCGUUUAAUGAACAGACCCAGCUGCUAAGAUCUGAAAUUCCAUCAGAAGCUGGCUGGCAAGACAUGGCCGAAGCUGAGGAUGAGAGCAGGAACAGCAGCCUGCGGAGAAAGAAACCACCCUGGCUCAGACUGGACAUCCCCAUCGCCCCAAACCCUGUGGAGGAACGUAAUAACAUUCUCCAGCCCGUCAUGCGUAACAGUUUGUACCUCCGGAGUGCCAGCGUCCCUACUGAAAACAUGCAGCUCAGAUGCCCCCCUGUCGAUCCCAACGCCUGCCGCAGACCCUCAGUCCUGCGCAAACCCUCCAUCUCCCAGACCAUCAAGAGGGGCACAGCAGACUGGUUUGGGGUCAGCAAUGAUGUGGAUACCACCCAGAAAUGGCAGCGGAAGAGUCUGCGGCACUGUACCCAGCGCUAUGGCAAACUGAAGCCUCACGUGAUACGCGAAAUGGACCUGCCUAGUCAAGACAAUCUCUCCAUGACCAGUACAGAGACCCCUCCUCCUCUAUACCUCCCCCCGGCACAGCAUGGCAUGCAGAGGAUAGUAGACCCGCUGGCUCGGGGUCGAGCAUUUCGUAAUGUAGAGGAAGUUGAUGGUCUGAGUAUACCUCAGACCCCCAUCACCCCCUGCGCCGCUUCCCUGUGCUCCUUCACCAGUUCCCGCUCUGGCUUCAACCGACCUCCCCGCAGACGUAAGCGUGAGUCUGUUGCCAAAAUGGGCUUCAGAGCGGCCGCUGCUCUGGUAAAGGGACGUUCCCUGCGAGAUGGGACUGUUCGGCAAGUACAUCGGCGGAGUUUCGCCACAGCCAGCUUCCUGGAUGAGGACACUGUGGAUUUCCCUGAUGAACUGGACACCUCCUUCUUUGCCAAGGAUGGGUUUGUGCAUGAAGAGCUGUCCACAUACGCAGACGAGGUGUUUGAGUCGCCUUCUGAAGCUGCCAUUAAAGAAACUGAUGCGAGUAGAGCUGAAGACGAGAGUGAGUUAACAGGCAGUGCCCUAGAGAAGACAGAACUCGAGCGGAGCCAUCUUUUGCUUCCUCUUGAGAGGGGAUGGCGUAAGGGAAAGGAUGGUGUUCUGAUUCAGCCUAAAGUGCGAUUACGGCAGGAAGUGGUGAGUGCGGGUGGUCAGCGGCGGGGACAGCGCAUUACUGUGCCUGUUAAGAAACUAUUUGCCAAGGAGAAGCGUCCUUAUGGGCUUGGCAUGGUGGGCCGACUGACCAACCGCACAUACCGCAAACGCAUUGACAGCUACGUGAAGAAACAAAUAGAAGACAUGAAUGACCACAGGCCUUUUUUUACCUACUGGAUGACCUUUGUGCAUUUGCUGAUUACCAUCUUGGCAGUUUCCAUCUAUGGGAUUGCACCUGUGGGCUAUUCACAACAUGAGACAGUUGAUUCUGUCUUACGAAACAAAGGUGUUUAUGAAAAUGUCAAAUUCAUGCAGCAAGAAAAUUUCUGGGUUGGUCCAAGCUCGGAGGCGCUGAUUCACCUUGGGGCUAAGUUCUCACCCUGCAUGCGUCAAGAUCAGGACGUGCACCAGCUCAUACAGGAGAAGAAGAACAGUGAGCGGCACUCGGCCUGCUGCGUCCGUAAUGACAAGUCAGGCUGCGUGCAGACCUCUCAGGAGGAGUGCUCGAGUACACUGGCAUUAUGGGUAAAGUGGCCUCAGCACCCAAGCGCUCCAUAUCUAGAGGGGAAAGUACGUCAGUAUGGCUCUGUCUGCCAUCAAGACCCCAGGAUUUGCCUGGAGCCUGCCUCAGUUACUCCUCAUGAGUGGCCUGAUGACAUCUCUAAGUGGCCGGUAUGCACCAGGUACAACACGGGGAACCACACUAACCUGCCACACAUUGAUUGUGUCAUCACUGGCAGACCCUGCUGCAUCGGGACCAAAGGAAGGUGCGAGAUUACAUCAAGAGAGUACUGUAACUUUAUGAAGGGAUACUUCCACGAGGAGGCUACACUGUGUUCUCAGGUUCAUUGCAUGGAUGAUGUGUGUGGCCUCUUGCCUUUCCUGAACCCAGAGAUCCCCGACCAGUUUUAUCGGCUCUGGCUCUCUCUCUUCCUGCACGCUGGGAUACUGCACUGCCUGGUGUCUGUGUGCUUCCAGAUGACCAUUCUGAGGGAUUUGGAGAAGCUAGCGGGCUGGCUGAGAAUCUCCAUUAUCUAUAUCCUCAGUGGGAUUACUGGCAACCUGGCCAGUGCCAUCUUCUUACCGUACAGAGCAGAGGUGGGUCCGGCUGGUUCUCAAUUUGGCAUCUUGGCCUGUCUGUUUGUGGAGCUGUUCCAGAGCUGGCAGAUCUUGGCACGGCCAUGGAGGGCCUUCUUCAAGCUCUCAUGCAUAGUGCUGUUCCUCUUCGCCUUCGGCCUUCUGCCCUGGAUAGAUAAUUUCGCCCACAUCUGUGGCUUUGUCUCAGGCUUCUUCCUUUCCUUCGCCUUCCUGCCCUACAUCAGCUUCGGCCAAGUGGACAUGUACCGCAAACGUUUGCAGAUCCUAGUUGCACUUGCUCUGUUCCUCGGCAUCUUCUCCGGGUUUGUUGUACUCUUUUACAUUUACCCCGUCAAGUGUGAGUGGUGUGAGCUUCUCACCUGCAUCCCGCUGACAGACAAGUUCUGUGAGAAAUACGACCUCAAUGCUCACCUCCACUGAGGCCUUGCAGAAGAAGGGCUAGAACAGAGGGAAGCUGGAUGCCAGCUUCAUCUUUCUGGAGGCCUGAAAUGAUUUGAUUACAGACUCUUUGGCUUAAAACAUACAAUAUUUUUAUAUAAUGUACUUUCUAAAGAAGGUUUUAUUGUUGUUAAUUUCUCCAGCUCAGAGAAGAGCCCGCCCCAGGAGGGAAAAAUAAUAAUAAUACUGCCAAUCGUGCCUUUUCACUCCUGUGUGUAGUGCAACUAGAGUGGUAAUGUUUGGUAGUGUUUUAGCUACCUGAUCACAUAUAACAAAAUACAAUGUGACAAAAUCACUAAGUCUGCCUUCAUCUUUUUGUUCCUUAAAAUAAUGGGAUAUUUUGAGUUUAUUUCCCAUAGGGACAAUACAAAAAAUCAUUAAAAUUUAAGUUAAAAAAAAAUAAAAAACGAUGCUCAUUUGCAUCACAAAAAGUACUUUAAAGCACUGCACCCAACUCAAAUAGGAAGCAGCAUAAUUAUGCUUUUUUUAUAGGGGAGAAUCACAUGUGUCCUUUGUGGAAAAAGCUAUCCCAUAGUGACUUGCAAUAAUCUAAUUUCUAUGCUAAAAUUAAUUUGAUACUAAAAUGCUAAAAACCAAGUACAAAAAGUCAAACAAAAAGUUAACUUUUUUUUUUUUUACUAUUAUUUAAUUUUAUUUAACUAUUAUCUAAUAGUUAAACCAUGUAGGAGAGCGCAUAAAUAGAAAACAUACAUUUAAAUGAUAACUAAAUGAUAAAAUAUGAACUGAAAUUCUUUUCAGUUUCAUUAAAAUGUUAUAUAACACAAUCAUUUCAAACAUUGAUAAUAAUAAUAUUUGGCUGCUGAAAAUUCCAAUUUGCCAUCACAGAAAUAAAUUACAUUACAUUAAAAAAAAAUCAUGUUGAUCAAAUAAAUGCAGCAUUGAGUUUUUUUUUUUUUUAACAAAACGAACAAACAAGAAAAAUCUUAACAACCCCAAAAUGUAUGUAAUAGUAUAAUGAUAGUGAUGAUAAUAGUAAUAGUAAUAUUGAUGAUUUUAUAUGAUAAGAUCCUAAUAUUUGAUGGUCAUUGGCAUCAUAAGGUUAAAAAAUCUCUUUAUUAUAGUGCUGCAGUUUCAAGUCUAUUGAAAUCUGUUGUAAGUCAUGCCUCUGUUCACUUUGUGGAAGCAACGUCAUUUGUAAGCAGACGCUCCCUUAGAAGGAAGCUGUCUGUGUGCACACUGGACAUCAAUUCAGCUCACUGUUUUAUAGCAGAGUCAUAAUGUAUGUGACAAUAAUGAUGCUAUGAAUGGAAGGUUAAUGCCAUAAAACUGUCCUUUUGUUGAAUAUCCUAAUAUUAUAGAAGUAUAAUAAAUUAAUUUCCAUUCCACUAGAAGCAUUGUUUUAGGGACCAGAGGGCUGCGCGGUCUACUCUCACGUCUGUUCCUCAGACAGCUGCAUGUGUUUGCAUACUCAUCUGUAACAGAGGAUGAUUGGCCCUGAUCUCAGAGCAGCUCUUUGUGCCGUAAGUGUGUGGGGGAGGUUCACGGUUUGCACGCGUUGCGCUGCCUGCCAUCAUCCUGAAGGAUCUACGCGAGUCUGGAGAGCGCAUCACUGCAUUAAUGGAGCUCCAUCUUCACGGUCCAACGUCUCUCCUUCACCUUCAGUAAAAAAAAAAAAAAGAAUAAAAGGCUCCUUUAUUGUGAGCUAUGCUAAUUACAAGUCUCCCAUCCCCCGUUUCCCUAAUGUAGCAAACACAACAAGCAAACCCAGUGUUAGUUUAGCCCAAAUGGUAAUUAAAAUCGAACUAAUUAAUGUGUGCGUUGGGCUCUGGACUGCAGUGGUCGCUCAAGUGCUCUUCUGCUGCUGUUCACAAACAGAGCCACUGUGACUUAAAGUCUCAGAUCUGCCACAAAGAACAAUUGGCAUCAUUACAUGCCAUCAUAUUGCAUUUAAUACGCGUUUUUUUAACUACUUCGCUAACCCGUCUGCUCCUUCCACGACUCUGAUAAGGACAAAGGAGCAGCUGAGGGAAGCGCUGCAAUCAGAUCUUUUUAGCAGCUCUAUACGUCAAACCCCACACAGGCACUUGAGAGGAAAUUAGCCUUCUCUCCCCCAGGCCCCAGCUUCUCCAUCCACUGGCCUAUAGAGAUGGUAAUUUUAGGGUAAGAGGGCCGUAUCGCAAAUCAUUGAUCAGAAUCAAAUCAGCAUGCAGGGAGAUCCUCUAAUCCGGCUACUUCAGUUGUGCAUAACUGCUAUUUGCUGAUUAGCGGACCGCUCUCCACCGGAGGAAAUAUUGGAGAUACAGUGCCGUGACAUUUCUCUCCAUCUAUUUCCUUCAUUUCUUUUCUAUUACGUCGUCAUCUGCUGUUUAUUAGGACUUCUACAGUUGACUCCAGGAAUAAAAUAUGAAUAUAUGGGUCUUUCUAUCUAAGAAUAUUUUUACUAUGGAAUAAAACAGUGGGUUUCAAAUGCUUGUGAAGA